AUGUCUAAUAGAAUAAUUCCGGAAUCGAAUAUAGUUUUACCAUCAGAAUGGAACACCGGCUUAUGUGAUUGUUUUGAUGACACCAACAUCUGUCUGUAUGGUCUUUUUUGUCCAUGUUUUUUGUUUGGGAAUAACGUUAAGAGAACACCAAGUAUUACUACAUGGAGAUGUCCCUGCUUUUUAUAUGGAUAUAACAUAAUAUGUUUAAAUUGUUGGUAUAUUCAUAAGCGGCAACGAUUAAAUAUACGACUUGCUUAUGGUCUUCCAUCAGGAUGUGGUGAUUGUCCUACGGCAACAUUUUGUGGACCAUGUGCCUUAUGUCAAGAAGCAAGAGAAUUAAAUAUACGAGGUUUGUAA